GUGAUUGUCAGUCAUAGAAGAGCAUAGGAAUUGGCGUAAUAAUAUUUAAUAAUAAAAAUUACAGGGGGCAUGGCUUUAUUGGCAACUACUACAAUCGCCUUUAAAACUAUUAAUACUCAAAUUCGCAGUCGCAGUUUUCUACCGGCGCAACGGCAUCUCCCGCUCUCUUCCCCUCCUCCUUCUUCUUCGUUCUUCAGAAUUGUUUCCGUCAAAGCAAUGGAAUUGGAGCAGAAGGAUCCGAUGGUGAUCGACGAGAAUGGAGUUCUUAAGAAAGGUAUUGCCGAGUUCUACGAUGAGUCCUCUGCUAUUUGGGAGGAUAUUUGGGGAGACCACAUGCACCAUGGCUUUUAUCCUCCCGAUUCUACCAUCUCCCUCUCCGAUCAUCGUGCUGCUCAGAUCCGAAUGAUCGAACAAGCUCUUCGAUUUGCUUCUAUUCCUCUAGAGGAUGAGAGGAAAUGGCCGAAGAAGAUAGUGGAUGUUGGAUGCGGGAUUGGGGGAAGCUCAAGGUAUCUGUCUGAAAAAUUUGGAGCUACUGCCAUCGGUAUUACUCUCAGUCCUAUUCAAGCUCAAAGGGCUAAUGCUCUUGCUGCUGCUCAGGGUUUGGCCAACAAGGUUUCGUUUCAAGUGGCAGAUGCUUUAGACCAACCAUUUCCGGAUGGGCAAUUCGAUCUUGUUUGGUCCAUGGAAAGUGGAGAACACAUGCCUGACAAAGCCAAGUUUGUGAGUGAGUUGGCUAGAGUAGCUGCACCGGGUGCCACCAUAAUAAUAGUAACAUGGUGCCACAGAGAUCUUGGCCCUGAUGAAGAAUCCCUAAAGCCAUGGGAAGAAAAACACUUGAAGAAGAUAUGUGAUGCUUUCUAUCUUCCAGCAUGGUGCUCAACUGCUGAUUACGUUAAAUUGCUUGAGUCCCUAUCAUUACAGGACAUCAAGUCAGAAGAUUGGUCUCCUUAUGUUGCUCCAUUCUGGCCCGCGGUGAUACGGUCAGCAUUAUCAUGGAAGGGUCUUACUUCACUCUUGCGCAGUGGAUUGAAAACCAUAAAAGGAGCUUUGGCUAUGCCAUUGAUGAUAGAAGGAUUCAAGAAGGAUCUAAUUAAGUUUGCGAUCAUUACAUGCAGAAAGCCUGAAUAAGAGGGGGCAGAUCAGUUUAUGAUAGAAUUAAACGGGCUUCUGAAAAUCUCAUUUUUUUUGUUGUAGUUUAAAUUAAACAAGACAUAGAAGCGGCCGUGCAACAGUGACACAAAAUAUUGUGAGAACAAACUACGAUAUGGUUGUGAAGAAUGAAGAAGUCUCACAACAAUGUCUCAGAGUUGCUGACAGCUGCUGAUAUGACUUCUCUAAAGCAAUUUUUUGUUAGUUUCUUUAAGCACAGGGACUAGAAAUUAGUACUAUUACUACUUUCUGUUACCAUCAUUACUUCUAAUUCUGCAUUCUUGCUAUAUUUGUGAUAAGAUUCGCAUAAAAUAAAAAUAUAAAUAAAUGUCUAGAUGUAAGUAUAAUAGCUACAAUUUAUUGGU